CGCUAAAUGGAACCACGGGGGAAAACCUGAGAAAAAAAAAGAACGAGGGUUGAUUGUGCUUCCUUAAUAGAUGGUCCUGUUCUAUUGUCGAAUCCUCUCAUCUAAUCGAAUUCUAGGGUUGACCAACCCCGUACCACACAUUGCACAUGUUUUGCAUCCGCAGCCAUGUGUAUAGGAUCUUCCCUCCUCUCCCUCGCCGUCUCCUCCUCCGGCCGUCUCGGCCUCCUGUGAGUCGCGCCGUCUCGUUCAAAGUCCUCGAGAAAGCCCAGCUGCGGGCUGAGGGCCCGGUAGCUGUGAAGCUUUUGGAAACGGGAGUAUGGGCUUCCUGGAGACAAGGCCGGUACAGGAGAGGGAUUGAGGACAUGUUUGUCCAUCCAACGGCUAAGGAAGCAGCGCUUUUGAAGGCCGGGAAGACCGCAGAGACCGCGAAGGCCGCAAAGACCGCGAAGGCCGCAAAGACCGCGAAGGCCGCAGAGACCGCAGAGACCGCAGAGACCGCAGAGACCGCAGAGACCGCAAAGACCACGAAGGCCGCAAAAACCGCGAAGACCACGAAGGCCGCAAAGACCGCGAAGGCCGCAGAGACCGCAAAGACCACGAAGGCCGCAAAGACCGCGAAGACCACGAAGGCCACAAAGACCGCAAAGGCCGCAGAGACCGCAGAGACCGCAGAGACCACGAAGACGAAGGCCGCGAAGACCGCAAAGACCGCGAAGGCCGCGCAGGGGCACAAGCCCGACGGGACCAGGGUAAACGUCGUUAGCGAGGGGCUCUGCGAUGAUAUCUUCUCAUAUAUCGGCCCCACUCUGGACCGGCACAAGGGUUGUGAUAUCCUCGAUAUCUACCCCGGCGCCGGAAUCUGGAGCCAGAAGCUGCAUGAUUACCUUAAGCCGCGGUCACACAUCUUGAUGGAACCGGACGCCAAGGUCUACGAGCCGUUUCUCAAACCUCUCCUUGACCGACCCGGCACACUUCUCACCCCUACGUCUGGGAUUGUCUGGCGAGAGCUCAACUCGAUUCUUACGCCCAAAUACUUCCCUCAUCAAGCCGCCGCCGACGCGGCUGGGCAGACCCAGCGCAACGACACUUUGCUAGUCACAGCAAACCUCGCUUUCCACCCAAGGAAACGCUUCAACAAAUUUGAGUCCGUGGCGCUGCUCAUACUUUACCAAUUCAUCGAGGCUAUCAAAACUAGUAGCCUGUUUCAUCGUUACGGGCUGGUUCGGAUGCUGGUGUGGACGCGGCCCGACGAUAAGCAUGGCCUGCUCCCUAAGAUGAUGCAGAAGCGCAAACGGCUCGCGAUCGACGGCGAGCUGUCCUGUGAGUGGGUGAGGGAGGUGUGUGGUGAGGAAGGGGUGGGACACUCCUGGUUCGUCCGCGAUAACAACAUCGAUAUAAACAGCAGCCUCGCCGCGUGGGACCGGAUGAAGGCCUCCGGGAUGCAGAUGCCUUCCGGUAGGGUGCCCGACGAGCUCAAUGACGCUGAAGCCGCGCGCAAGUCCAAUAAGGUCCCAGACCCCACGUCGAACCCCCCGGCUUUCAAGAGGCCGUUCCAAGAGGUGCUCCUCGGCCUUGAGACGGCGCACCGCGAGCAAGCCCUGGACCGUGAUUCUGAUGAUUACAAGAGAAUGCUGGGAUAUCGAUGGAGGUCAAAUUGGGAAGAUAAGAAACACCGGCGAAUGCUCAAUCUGAAAUCCAGGCUGGAUGCCAUCACCGCAUGCUACAAGUCUGGCUCGGCCACCCCUGAGGAGAUGGAGAAGCUCGAGGCGAAAUGGGAAGCCCAGACGCAGAAGUAUCCCGGCCCAUUUGUCGAAGAAUUCUGCACGUACAAGGAUAAUCUCCACUACUUUUCUCAGGACCCACCGUUGCUUCACUGGGACCGGCGAGCCUACACUGCGAUGAAGGUGAAACGGGAAGAAUUUCUCCCUAAUGUUCCGUGUAGUCUUAUCGACAUCCAGCCCAAGGAGGUCCAUCCGCUGAUGCGUCAGAUGGGUACUAAGUCCAGCCGCGCCGGUGACUGCUUCGAGUUGAUUGUGAGGUCGCUGAUGGCUCACAGCACCCUUCCCAUGAGCCAAGGACUGGACGCGCUCGCGCCCGGUGCUGCUGACUACAUCAUACCUCGCUGGAAGAGUGCCAGGGACCCAGACCGUGGGGGCGUAGUUUCUAAAUCUGCUUAUGCGGUUCUAACCCCUAGGAUGGUCAAUGCACGACAGUGGGAGGAACUCCUGGAAAUUUGGAUGGAAUGGCCUUUCCGUCCUGAUUUUUAUGAGCUCGUGGGCCGAACUCAAGAGGAACCGACAGAGGAGGACAACGUCAUGACUAUUGCUACAGAGUGACCGCCCAGCCUGAUAUAUCCGGCUAUUUCUC